UGUUGCCCAGUGUCACCCAUCUGCUGCUCGUGCAGAUCAUACUCUACUCCCCGACUCCGCAGCAGUUUUUCUUUUCUUUUCCUCUCUUCUUUAUGGCUGGAAUAUGAGAGCCACCAGCACGGUCUGAGGCGCGUGGAUCGGACAGACGGAGACGAUGAGCCCGGCACAGGGCCAGAGCAUGGGGUGAUGAGGACUAUCCUCUGCUAACCUCAAUGCAGAUGACCAGUGAUGGCCACAGCAUCACCUCGACAUUUGUUGGAUGACCUAAUAAACACAGGACAACAACAACAACAGGAACAGCAGCAGGAAUUGCCGAUCUCGCUGGAGGCGAUUGUUCUCACCAUCUUUCUGUCCAUUAUUAUCAUAAUGACAGUGUUUGGCAACCUGCUAGUCAUGGUGGCACUCUGCAAGGACAGACAUCUACGAAGGAAGAAAACUAACUACUUUAUUGUGUCGCUGGCGUUUGCUGACUUGCUGGUUGCGUUGUUGGUGAUGCCCUUCGCUGCGAUCGAGCUGACCACCGGCCAGUGGAGAUAUGGAGAGAUCUUCUGCUUGGUCCGAACGUCUCUGGACGUCCUGUUGACUACAGCGUCCAUUCUGCACCUCUGUUGCAUUGCGCUGGACAGGUAUUACGCUAUCUGCUGCCAGCCGCUGGUCUACAGACACAAGAUGACCCCAGUCAGAGUGGCAGUGAUGCUCAGUGGCUGUUGGAUCAUCCCCACGUUCAUCUCCUUCCUACCAAUCAUGCAAAGCUGGAACGCCAUCGGCAUCGAAGACAUUAUUGAGGAGAGGCGAGCCUUGGCAGGAGGCUCCAACGACACAAGCUGUGUGUUUCUGGUCAACCGGCCGUACGCCCUGAUCUGCUCUGCGGUGGCCUUCUACGUCCCGUUGGCCCUCAUGGUCCUGGCCUACCACCGGAUCUACGUCACCGCCAUGACCCACGUGCGGCAGAUCGAGACACUACAGCGGGCCGGCUCCGCUCCUGUCACCGGGACAGCUCCGCUGAUCACCCUGAGGCCCUCCACUUCCUCAGAUCCAUCGGAGACCUAUCGCCUUAGGACAACACCGGACUCCUCCUUAGAGCACACUCCCAUAGCAAAUAGCCGCAUGCGUGUUGAGACUAAGGCGGCAAAGACGCUGGCGAUUAUAAUGGGUUGUUUCUGCCUAUGCUGGGCGCCGUUCUUCAUCACUAACGUGGUGGACCCCUUCAUCCAUUACUCAGUGCCCUGGCAGCUGUGGACAGCCUGGUUGUGGCUUGGGUACAUUAAUUCAGGGUUGAAUCCCUUCCUGUAUGCCUUUCUGAACCGGGCGUUUCGAAGGGCGUUUCUGGUGAUCCUCUGCUGUGGGGAUGAGCGGUACGCACGGCAGGGGAGCUGCUCCUAUGGACACACCCACAGAGUGUGCUCGGCUGCGUCCGUCAACGGAACGUCUAUGGCACUAAGGUAA